UAACCUUGUGCUGGAGUGUAGUCUAUCUCAGCUGUACAGACUGUAUUCAAACAUUUUAAAUGAUCUGUUUUGUCAUCAGCGUUUUUCUGCAGAAAUGAGUAGAUACAUCUUACCAGUGUCUUUUUUUGGAACAGUCUUUGGAGGCGCUGUUUUACUCAAGAACCAUAUAACUGGAGGUCGGUGUCCUAGUAAGGCUAACAUUAAAGGGAAGACUGUGGUUAUAACAGGAGCCAACACAGGCAUCGGCAAAGGGACAGCCCUAGAACUGGCCAAGAGAGGGGGUCGGAUCAUUAUGGGAUGUCGGGACAUGGAGAAGUGUGAGGCGGCUGCAAAGGAAAUCCGUGGGAAUACCCUGAACCCCCACGUUUAUGCACUCCAGCUGGACCUGGCCUCUGUGAAAUCCAUCCGAGAGUUUGCAGAGAGAAUCAAACAAGAGGAGCAUGUGGACAUACUCAUAAACAAUGCAGGGGUCAUGAGAUGUCCAGCAUGGAAAACAGAAGAUGGCUUCGACAUGCAGUUUGGAGUUAACCACUUAGGCCACUUCUUGUUGACAAAUCUUCUGCUGGAUAAGUUGAAAGAGUCCGCCCCCAGCAGAGUGAUCAGCCUGGCCUCACUCGCCCACAUCGUUGGAAAGAUUGACUUCGAGGACUUGAACUGGGAGAAGAAGAAGUUUGAUACCAAGCAGGCGUACUGUCAGAGCAAGCUUGCCAAUGUUCUGUUCACCAGAGAGCUCGCCAAGCGAUUACAAGGCACAGGAGUCACAGCAAAUGCAUUGCACCCAGGUGUUGUUGCCACGGAGCUUGGGAGGCACACUGGUAUGCACCAAUCAAGGUUCUCAAGCACUAUGCUCAGUCCCUUUUUCUCCCUGUUGGUGAAGAGCCCAGAGCUGGGGGCUCAGCCAAUCGUCUAUCUGGCCGUGGCUGAGGAGAUGGAGGGGGUGACGGGACGGUACUAUGAUGUGUUGACAGAAAAGGAGCCAGCACCCCAGGCUCUGGAUGACGAGGCGGCUCGCAGGCUCUGGGACAUUAGCAGCAGGCUGGUGGGUCUGGAGGAGGAGGCACAGUCCAGCAAGUCAAACCCACCAGCAGAAGACCAGAGCAAAGCUGCACAGACACAAUCUGCACAGACACACAGACAGAGCUGAGGAGCAGCUGACAGAGAUUUAGGGCUGUAGGUCCGGCCUCUGGGUCAGCAGGAGAUGAUAAACCUUUAUUGCUUGAACUGUGCCAGCCUCAUAAGAACAAUCAACUGUCUGAGUCUGUGAUUCUGGUUUACUGUAUAAUAGCAGUCUUUUGUACAUGCCUUUAUGUUCCUGAAUCAGGAUAACUGCCACCUUUGACAGUGGUGUCUUUUUUUAAGUUAUGUGCACUGGCACGAACAUAAAUGAAAAUUUGAAUGAACUGAAAAAAUAAAGU